AUCAAGCUGUCCCUCUUCAAGAACAGCUUCAAAUUCAGUGUAAGAUUUCUAGCAAAACUGUCAUGAAAAGAUUCUCAAUUACUCUUUUGAUCCCUUCUUUAAAUUGGAGGACGUAUAGAGUUGGUUAGAGAUCUAAUGGCGGAGAGAAUUUGACUUUGUUGGAUGAUGAUUUUGUUUUGUUUGGUUGUUUUAUUUCCUUUCCACAAAGUAGCUGUGGAAUCUGUUUGAAUAGCGUGAAGACAGAUCAAGGCACGACAAUAUACACAGCAGAAUGUGCAUACACUUUUCAGUUCCCUUACGUAGCCGCCCAUGUCAGUAAGCAUGGCAGCCUCGUGUUCCCUGUCUACAAUUCUGCCUAGAAAUAUAUUCCUUUACUAGCCAUCCACAAGAAUCUCCACUCUCAUUCCCACCCACAAAAUGAUGCCGUUCAUAACACCAAUGCCGCCAUCAACUCUAACGCCGAUAGCAACUCCAACUACAAAAACAAGCCCAAACAUGAACAGAAAAAAGUUUUUGCGGUGGAAUCUUCACUCAGAGUCAUUAAGACUACCAUCCCAAGACAUGAACCCCAAUAACCAGUAAAUUCAACCACCAAAACUUCUAAUUCGAGAUCCUAUGAUGACGAUGAGCUCCUGCUAUCUCCAACCGCUGGUAGCAGAUUUAUACCGAUUCCCGAAGCUGAUGAGAAUGCUGAAGAAGAGGAAGUCGAUGAUGUUGAGGAAAUUUAAGGAUUCUUCGUUAAUCCUACCCCUUCGCCUUCAAUCAAAUCAGAUGAUAUUCCGUUCAAUGGCAACAGGGAUUCUGGAAAUGUUCAGGUCAGAUUGUUGCAUUCCUGAAGCUGCUGUUGUUUCCGUGGGCCAUGGCUAUGAAGCUUAUGUGAUGGAAUUGAGAGUGAAAGCGCGACCACCACCACAACAAGCGUGCAGCAGCAAUACAGCACCUCUUUUGGACUCUUCACAUCAAGCACUAAUCGACUUGGUCACGGUUCUUGAUGUGAGUGGCAGCAUGAUCGGAGCUAAAUUGUAGAGCAUAUUAUUGGGUGCAUUUAGUGCAUGUAUACUUUUAUUAAGAAAACAGUGGAUCUCUGUGCAACUACUUUUAUGUGAUUACGUGAUUACUCAUGCAGUAUUUUUUAAUUCGAUCGAGUGCACCUAAUAAUUUGCUAGCUGAUCAGUUAUCAGUUGUGGCUUUCUCUUCCAGUCCUAAGAGGUUGUUGCCUUUGUGGAGAAUAACGGCUCAUAGGUAGUGGUCGACUCGCCGCAUCAUUAACCGGCUCGUUUGUGGUUAAGGGACCAGCGUAGGAGAUGCUUUAGGGAAAGUGACUAAGGUACUCGAAGACCGCAGGGAAAGAAAUCCCGUUGCCAGAAUCAUGCUACUAUUUGAUGGUCAAGAUGAACGAGUCCAAACCAACCUAAGGAAUCAAUGGCAUGCUUCAUGCCACGUUUCAUUCACCAGAUUUGCACACAUUAAGAUCCCAGUUCAUGCAUUUGUGUUUGGUCAAAAUGGCGACAACAGCCAUGAGCCGACUGAGGACGCGUUUGCUAAAUGCACGGUGGUUUGUUGAGUCUGGUGGUAUAAGACUUGAGAGUUCAGCUUAGCUUCGCUUUUGGCUCAACUCUGACUGAGAUAUCAGCUGUAUAUUCAUGCAAUGCUCGGCCCCCAUCGUUCUCAGCUCUGGCUCGGUGCGGCUAGGCGAUUUGAAUGCGAAAAAAAGAGAGGGAAAUGUUAGUGGAGUUGAGGGUCCCAUCAUCAGUUGUUGGAUCUCACCAUGUGGUAUCUGUUUGUUGCCUUCACAAAGAACCAGCCACUUAGGAGGUUGUGUACGGCCGCGAUCAGUCCCUACUAGUUCCCCAUCCCCGUCCCCAUGCCGUAAGAUCAUUGGGGCCCGAAAUCGAACGGCUAAGGAAUCAUUUCAUUAGCACUCGAGCCAUAACGGAGGCUCGAAAGCUGGUGGGGCCCAACGACUUCACCAGCACUCAUCAGCAUCGUCACGGGCUCUGUUAUUAUAAUCUAGCUCCAUAAGUGCUGAUGAGUACGUUAGAGGGUUGAUUUGGCU